CCUGCAAUGCAACGAAGGGGCUGUUGUCAUGUUCUACGUCACCCUCAGCUACAUGGGCUUCCUGGCUGCCAUCUGCUUCACGGUGGCUUUCCUGGCCAGGAAUCUGCCAGGGGCCUUCAACAAAGCCAAGCUGAUCACCUUCAGCAUGCUGGUCUUCUGCAGUGUCUGGGUGACUUUUGUGCCCACCUACCUGAGCACCAAAGGGAAAUCCAUGGUGGCUGUGCAGGUCUUCUCCAUCCUGGACUCCAGUGCUGGUCUGCUGGGCUGCAUCUUCAUCCCCAAGUGCUACAUUAUCCUUCCGAGGCCAGACCCGAACACAAAGGAGCAGCUUACAACCAGAAUAAAUGGAGUUGAAGAGAAUGACUCAGAGCCAAAUCUGAUGUCAAUGCAAGAAAUUGGACGUGACCUGGAAGGAGAGUCCUAUUCAGCUCCAUUGAGACCUCAAAGGCCUGAGGAACAGCAGCCAAACAGGCAAGAGGAGAAGCCAUUUCAGUGCUCGAUGGGAGGAAAAAGGAAGAGGAGAUCCCUCACUUCCCAUCAAAGGAUCUCCUCGGAAGAUCACCUCAAGGCAUGGAGUGUGGAACUCUACCAUAGACGUCUGUCAAUCUUGAAUGCCUUGAACAGAUGCUUUCAUCCAUGUCUGCACAUUUCAAUGAGGUGUUUCUGUUCCUUUUUCUUGAGAAGAAUUAUGGAUACAACCAGCCAACCACUCUGGAAGCUCCAGGACCUUCCUUUGGAAGGUUGACCAGGGAUGCCAGAAGGCAUCCUGCCAGGGAGUCUCUGGAUGGCUGAGAAGAAGCCUCUGUGGGGCUUUCUUGGCUUUGAGAUUAUC